CCCAAACACAGAUCUGAAACCUGAUCGAUAGUUUCGUCAAUGGAAUCUCCUUCGUUCCUUGACUAUCUCUUCUUCUUCAUCGUACGUCCGCUUCUAGCUAUUUCCUUUGUUGUCUGCUUCAUCGCUCUUUGGUGGUUUCUGGCAUGGAAGCUGUUACUAAGCCAUGUUCCUCUGGUUCAAGAGAUCUUUGGUUUGAGGAAGAAAACCUUUAAACCUAAACCUGAAUCUCGCGGUAGAAUCUCCAAAUUCUACAAAAGUCAGAAUUCUGUUCCUCAAUGGUAAUUACUCUCUUAUUUACUGAAUCCUGAAGCCAUCCAUGUAUAAUUUACUGUGUCUUUUAGACUAAUAUUUUUCUCAGAAAUUGUGGAUUUAACAAGAGCCGAUGAUCCAAUACUAAACGAGCAAGAAGAGAACAAUUCCAUGUUAUAAUCUCAAGUUAAAAGCUUUAGAGUUCUAUUUUCUUUUGUGGAAGAAUUUCUGCAAUGUUAUGUGCAUUCUGUGUAUUGAUGUGUUUUAAACCCAAUUCCUUGAUAUUGUUUCAAAAUAUUGUUGUCGUUGUGAGAGAUACUUUAAUUCAAGAAUCAGGUACAAUAAUGAUGGUUUGCUAGCCAUAACCAUAUUAAAA